AAUCACACAUCUUCGAAUACUGAAUACAAAAGUUACACUACAUUACAUAGCAUAAGCAUAAUCACUAUCAACGAGUUCAAAAGAUGGCAUCUAAACAACAAAACCGCAAAGAGCUUGAUGAGAAGGCAAAGCAAGGAGAGACUGUUGUUCCUGGAGGUACUGGAGGCAAGAGCCUUGAGGCUCAGGAGCAUCUUGCUGAAGGAAGGAGCAGGGGAGGGCAGACGAGGAAGGAACAGAUUGGGACAGAAGGGUAUCAGGAAAUGGGACGUAAAGGUGGGUUGAGCACUAUGGAUAAGUCAGGAGGAGAACGUGCUGAGGAGGAAGGUGUUGACAUUGAUGAGUCCAAGUUCAAAACUGGUGGUAAGAAUCAGAACAAGUGAUGAUCGGUUAUCAGCGUGUUGUGUGUUUGUUUAUAUAUGCUAGCUAACUUGAAUGUGUGUGUCAAACUUGUUUUUUUUUUAGGUUGAUUUGGUCACUAUGUUAGUGAUCAAAGUGUGUUUUUGUUUUUGUUUUUGUAAUAAUAAGCUAGCAUGUGGUGUUAAUGUUAAUGUCUUAGGUUUGUUUGUUUCGUUGUAUGUCUAGUUAUGACUGAAGACAGAAUCUAGAGUUUUUGUCUUCAUUUCCAUGUAACAAAAUCAUGUAUGUAAUGACAAUGUCUAAUGUUACAAGUUAGUCUUUCUUUA